AUGUACAGGAUCCAUUCCCUUUGUUGUUGUUUGUUUGUCAUCAUCUAUCAUUCCCUUUACCUUUUUUAUUUUUGUGUUUACCCAAAUAUCAUUUACACCCAUUCCCUACCCCCCUCAGACUUUAGCAUUCCCAUUCUCCUCUCGUUACCCAUCACUCUCUCUCUCUCUCCUCUCUUACCCUAAAAAAUUCCCAGCAGUCGUCACCCCUUACCGGAGCUCCGGCCACCACGACAACCAACCGAGAUUGUACACCUGCGACUAUUUCCGACCGAUCCCCACAAGAAAAUGGCUCUAAUUGGUACUUCUUUGAAAGGAAGAGAAAUUGGGACUUUAUUCGGUUCAUAAUUACUAUGAUUAAUUGUGUUGUGUUGCUACAUUUGAUGUGUUACUCAAUGAGAAAAACUAUAUACAAUUCCCAUUAUCUUAAGCUAGAUAAAAAAAACUAGAAGGAAAAUGAUAUUGCACAACUUGAAUAGAAUGAUUAGAGAAAGUGACACUUUGUGUAGGAACUAUCUUCGUAUAAAUCGAUACACAUUUGGUGUACUUUUAGAAAUGGUUAGAGAUAUUGGUGGAUUAAAUGAAAAAAGAAACACAUGUUUGGAAGAGAUGGUUGCGGGCUUCUUAUACACAUUAGCUCACUAUAAGAAAAAUAGAAUGAUUGGUACACAUUUUUACAGAAGUGGUGAAACUAUUAGUAAACAAUUUCAUGCUUGUUUGUUAGCAAUCUUAAAGUUACUUAAUAUUCUUCUUAAGAAACCAACUCCAAUACAAGAGGAUUACGACGAUGAAAGGUGGAAAUAUUUCAAGAACUCAUUAGGUGCCCUUGAUGGUAUAAUGAUUCUAGUUAAUGUUCCUUGUGAAGAUCGAUCCAAAUAUCGCACUAGAAAAGGUACCCUUGCUAUGAAUGUACUAGGAGUAUGCUCACCUGAAAUGGAAUUUAUAUAUGUCUUACCUGGUUGGAAGGGAUCGGCACAUGAUGGUCGGAUUCUUCGAGAUGCUAUUUCUAGGCCUAAUGGGUUGAAAGUUCCAAAAGUAGGAUGGAUGAAAGUAGUGCAAGUGGAGGUGGAAGGGGAAAAACAAAUGAUUUUGGUCCGCUCAAGAAGAUAAAGUUCUUGUAGAAGCAUUGUCAGAGCUAGCUGUUGAUCCUCAUUGGAAGUUUGAAAAUGGGUUCGGAAGCGGCUACAUGGUUCACUUAGAGGAGAACAUAGGUAAGGUUCUUCCUGGUUGUGGGUGGAAGGAUAUGCCACACAUCGAUUCUCGACUAAAGAAACUUGAAGCAAAGUUUAGGGCUAUUUCUACUAUGUUAAAUACUAGUGGAUUCGUUUGGGGUGAUUCCAAAAAAAUGGUUUAUGUGGACCGGGCUGUUUAUGAUGAGUUUUGCAAGAAACACAAUCAACAAUUUGCAAACUGUUGCCCCCCCACAGGUUUUACUCGAUUCAAGUGAUGAUGAGGGAGUUGCUGCUAGUGGUCAUGUUACGCAGACCGUUACUUCUCCUCCAUAAAAUAAGAUGAAGACUGAAAAAACUUCCAAAAAAAAAGAAAAAAGAAAAAGGUGGUGCUGGAAGUAAUGAGUUAGCUAGCUUACAAGCAUUCAUGAAAGAUAUGAAUGUUCAUCUUUCCACUAUGGCAAAUGUAAUGGCACACUGAUGAUCGUGAACAACGAGCGAAUGAAAGAGAGAAAAAAUUAGUUGAAAAGAGUGAACAAGUGCUAGAGGAACUACUCUCUUUCAAUUUAGAAGGUGUCACGGAAUCCCAAGUUUUUGAAGUGGCUAACAUUCUAACCGCACAACCAAACAAGCUCAUGGUAUUUUCAAAGUAUCCCGACGCUUUAAAAAGUGCUUAUGUUAAGAGUCUUCUACGAGGAAGUGGAAAUGGUGAUGCUUAAAUCUUAUGUGGUGGUUUCAUGUAUGGUUUUCAAUUAGGUGUUAUUCACAAGCUACUACUUUUGGCAUGAACUUUAUCUAGAAAGGAUUAGUAGCAAAGACUUGGGUUGAAUGUUAAUCUUAUUUUAACACUUUUGGUAUGAACUUUUAUUUAGGAACAGGUACUUUGCAUUGGUAUUAUUUUCACCAAGAGGUGAUUACUUGGAUUUGUAAUCAAUGGAGCUAGAAAGAUGUUACUUGGAGAUAUAUUAUGUUUUUUUUUUCA